AUGUUUGAAUUAAAAAAUGUGGUUCGUCCCAAUAUCCUAACCUUAGAGCCAUACCGUUGUGCCAGAGAUGAUUUUAAAACAGGAAUCUUGUUGGAUGCAAAUGAAAACACACAUGGGCCUGCACUUUCCGACAUUACCACAUAUGAGGAAUUAUUAGAGCUUAAUAGGUAUCCCGACCCUCAUCAGUUGGAAUUGAAAGAGCAAAUAGUCAGUUUCCGAAAUCAAUCGCCAAACAAGUACAGUACGUCGUUGUUGAAACCAGAGAAUCUUUGUCUUGGUGUUGGAUCCGAUGAGAGCAUCGACUUGUUGUUGAGAUGCUGUUGUACGCCAGGCAAAGAAAAGUUGCUAACUUGUCCUCCCACUUAUGGUAUGUACUCUAUAUGUGCCACUGUCAAUGAUGUAGAGACUGUGAAAGUGCCGUUGACUAUUCCAGAUUUUCAGAUUGAUGUUGAGGGCAUUCUAGCAAAAUUGGAAUCAGAUCCAGGUAUCAAGCUUAUUUAUUUAACUUCCCCGGGUAAUCCAACGGGUAAAUUAAUCAAUGUUGACCAAGUAGUUGCAUUAUUGAAGAAAACCAUUGACACUUGGAAUGGGUUAGUUGUUGUUGAUGAAGCAUACAUUGAUUUUACUGCUUCCAACGGUGAAUACAGCGAGUCUGUAUCUACCUUGGUUAAUGAGUAUCCCAAUUUGGUGGUGUUACAAACAUUGAGCAAAUCUUUUGGGUUGGCAGGAAUUAGAUUGGGUAUAACCUAUUGUAAUAUUGAUUUGUCAAGGAUUUUAAACUCCAUGAAAUACCCUUACAAUAUAUCAUCACUUACGUCGGAUAUCGCAUUAAAAGCCACGUCGCCUUCAGGGCUAGCGGUCAUGCACAAGUACGUCAAGAGCAUUCUCCAACAAAGAGAAACAUUAUUGAAGAGCAUUCUUGAUUUGAAAUACGUGGGUAGAAAUAUUGGUGGUCUUAAUGCCAACUUUAUUUUGGUGGAAAUCUUGAACAAAAGCGGCAAACCUUCAAAUGAAGUAGCUUUGAUGUUGUACAAUACCUUGGCUGUUGAUAAUGCCGUAGUAGUGAGGUUCCGUGGUAAAGAGUUGAACUGUACUGGUGCCCUUAGAAUUUCAAUUGGAACAGAAGAGGAAAACAAGGAAUUACUUUUGAAAUUUGAAAAAGUAUUGAAUGAAAUAAAUGCUUAA